UCGAAACUGUUAAUAUUCCAUUAGAUUAUCUUUUACAAUUACAAUUUCUUGCAAUAAAAUCCUAUGAAAAAGAAUAUAAUGAUCUUUUGGAAAUAGUUGCUGCUAAUAAGGGCAUUACUAAUAAUAAAGUUUCUAAAAAAGUUGGUGAGAUGUGGCAUAAUGAACCUUUAGAAGUAAAAAUAAAGUUCCACCUUUUUGCUGAUGCUACAAAAUUAGAACAUAUGCAAAAAUAUCCCGAAUACAAAUAUCAACCUCAUCAUCCACAUGAAAAGAGAAGGAGGAGAAGCACUAAUUCAUCAAAGAAUGGUAUUUCAAAUCAAGACCAAGUAAAAGCAGAAAUGAACGAAGUUGAAUCUUGUUUCAAGAUAUUGAAUAACAAUUUAAAUUUGUCAAACGAAUUUUUGGUAAAUUUUCAGGAAACUAUACUUCCUUUUGAAUACAAAAAUUUACUUUGGUAUUCAACUCAUCCAAACUUAUCAGGAAAUUUAAAUAAUAUCAAUCAUGAAAGCAAUAAUUAUUAUCCUUUUUGUAUUUCUCCCAUUACUUUUUCGCAAUCUUAUCAUGACAGUUUUUAUCCUUAUCCCUUCCCUAUAUAUACUUCUAUGUAA